GGUUACCAAGUGAGAAGGUGGGAGACAAAAGUCCAUGACUUUGCAUUAACCCAUGCGCAUGGGGACUUGGGUAGCCUUAGGCACGGUUUGCAUGGCUCCUUGGGUGGAAUGGCAUUGUUUAGAGCUAAUGAUGCUGAAUCAACUCCUAAUCCAUCUGCUAAUAUCCGCAUGGCAUUGGGCUUGGAGGACAUGGGCCAAAACACCACACAUUGGACUCGUUGCGUGUCUGACAAAUAUGUAUCUGAUUCAGAGUGUAGUGAAGAUUAUCUGAGUUCUGAGCAUUCUAUGUCCGAAGAUGAAAUUGUCUCGCAAUCGAGGUCUCGCGUUCUUGACAAACACAUCUCGGAUGCUCCUCUGAAGCAUAUUGAUGUGAUUUUUUAUUAUCUGAGAAAGAUGGCAUUUCAUCAUCUGCCGAGUAUUGUUGAGAGUGUUACUGCGACUGAUAUUUUGUUUGAUCAAAGAAUGAAGAAUUCAUAUGAUAAGUUUCUUUCUCAUUCUGAUUCUUGUCAUGUUAUCUCUCCCGACAAUGAUAGUGUUGAUUAUAUGUCUGGUUUCAAAAUAAUACGUGGAAGGCACUGGAUGUUAGUAGAUCAUGUUUUGAUGCCUAUUCAUACUAUGAUUGAUGGUGUUCGACAUUGGAUUCUUGGAAGACUUUCAAUCAAUGAAAGAAUUCUAUGUGCUUACAAUAGUCUACGGUCACCUGAGAGUGAUGUUGAUAUCAAAAAGGCUUUGGAGUGCUAUAUUGUGCUGCUACCUAGUGAUUGUGGAAUUUUUAUGGCUGCAUUUGCCGAGCAUUUCAUGAAAGGAAUAGAAUUUCCAAUUAUUUUAGAGGUGGAGUAUUUACGAAACAGAUACUCCUAUUUGCUGUAUGAGCAUGGAUGCAAAGAGUUGUUC